AAACAUUUAUUAUUAUAACCUUUCCCAUUUUAUGCAAUUUUUAACAGCUCAUUAUAUAAAUUUCCCUUUUUAAACCCAAAAAAAUUAUUAAAAAAAACACAACUCCCGUAAAUCUCUCUCUCUUUAAUUCUUUCUUUCUUUCUUCUUUCCAAAAUCAGAAACACACACACAAAAAUGUCUCCGUCUUGGCUCCGCCCUACCGCCGAUAAUCACAAUCAUCCGCCGCCACCGCCUUCGUCUCAGUCACCGUCUUCUUUAUCUUCCGGCGAUCCGAAUCUAACGACUUGCCUCUACCAAACAGAUCAUGGCGUCUUUUAUUUGACAUGGUCUCGAACUUUCUUAGGAGGCCACUCUGUGAAUCUCUUCCUCCACUCACAAGACUACUACAACCACUCCUCGCCACUCUCUUUCUCCUCCGCCGAUCUCUCCCUCUCCUCCGCCGUCUCUUUCCACCUCAACUUGAACACAUUAGCUUUCUGGAAAAAACGUGGAUCCAGAUUCGUUUCUCCCAAAAUCCAAGUCUUCUGGGACUUGACCAAGGCCAAAUUCGACUCCGGAUCCGAGCCUAGAUCCGGAUUCUACAUCGCCGUUGUCGUCGACGGAGAGAUGGGGCUGUUAGUCGGAGACUCUGUCAAAGAAGCUUACGCUCGUGCUAAGUCGGCGAAACCUUCGACGAAUCCACAAGCUCUUCUCUUGAGGAAAGAGCAUGUGUUCGGAGCUAGGGUAUUCACGACGAAGGCGAGGUUCGGAGGGAAGAACAGAGAGAUAUCUAUUGAUUGCCGUGUCGACGAAGACGCUAAGCUCUGUUUCAGCGUGGAUUCGAAACAGGUCUUGCAGAUCAAGAGGCUUAGAUGGAAAUUUAGAGGGAAUGAGAAAGUAGAAAUCGAUGGAGUCCAUGUGCAGAUCUCUUGGGAUGUUUACAAUUGGUUGUUUCAGAGUAAAAACUCCGGCGACGGAGGAGGAGGACACGCCGUGUUUAUGUUUAGAUUCGAGAGUGAUCCAGAAGCAGAGGAGGUUUGCGAAACGAAGAGGAAAGAAGAAGAAGAGGAAGAAGAGAGAAAUAGAAACGGCAUCGUUCUGUGGAAAAAGCCGAAGCAGUGUGGGACUAGUUUGGGGAUUAAAGGGAUUGUAGAGUGGAGGAAGAUGAGGAAGAGGUUUGUGAAGAGUAAGAGGAGCUCGUCGUCGUCUUCGAUUUCGAUUUCUUCGGCUUCGUCGGCUUGUAGCUCGUCGGUAAUGGAGUGGGCUAGUAGUGCUGACGAGGCGGAGUACGGCGGUGGAGGUUGUUCUGGUACUGGUUCCGGCAAUGGUCUUGGAUUCUCAUUACUGGUUUACGCUUGGAUUAAGUGACAAGUUACUGUUACGGUCAAAACAUUUUUUCUUUAUUGUUCUUGUUUGUUUUUUUUACAUUAUUUUUCCACUCUGAAAUCACGGACGAGAAGAUAAAACAAAGAUAUUGGAGUAAAUUUUUUUAUAAAAUUCAAUUUUUCGUAUACAUUA